CCCUGGGGCUCCAGUCCUCUAACCCUCCAGCCCUGUUUUUUUCAGCUGUUUGGGCACACAAAAAUUGUUUUGGAGGCCGAAGUUUGGAAACCGAAGUCUGACCCUCUUCCAGCCCUCUAGUCCUCCUUCAGCCCUCUAAUCCUCCAGCCCUCGACCUCCUCCAGCCCUCUAACCAUCCUACCCUCCCUUCCUCCAGCCCUCUAGCCCUCUAAUCCUCCAGCCCUCCCCUCCUCCAGCCCUCUAACCAUCCUACCCUCCCUUCCUCCAGCCCUCUAAUCCAGCCCUCUAACCCUCCUACCCUCCCUUCCUCCAGCCCUCUAAUCCAGCCCUCUAACCCUCCUACCCUCCCUUCCUCCAGCCCUCUAAUCCAGCCCUCUAACCCUCUAACCCUCCAGCCCUGGCUGUAGCCCUGGAGUUCUGGGGACGAGGGUAUUGCCUUUUUAGGAGACACCUGAUCGCAGCCCAGUGCCUCUACACACACACAGAGGCUGCUGAUAAAGAUGUGUGUGUCCUUGUGUGUUAGACUGAGUGAGAGAGAGUGACUGGUGAUUAGGCUGAUAGAUGAGCUCAGAGCUAUGGGGGUGGGGACUGGACUGCUACCAUUCACAGUUAAAAAGAGAGAUCCAACCACGACCCCAUCCAGUUUAGGAAGGACACAUCACUAGACCAUUAGAUUACCAGACCAGAGAGCAACACAGCGUGUGACAGCGUCGGAGACCUUUAUACGUCCCCUGAGGAUAGGUGGACCAGACGGACAGUGGACUGUUUUUGUUUGCCAGCAGGCUGAGGAGAAGCUCUGUCUGUUUAACCAGAGGAACACUAUCUCAGGCUUCUAGAAGCUCCGUCUGUUUAACCAGAGGAACACUAUCUCAGGCUUCUAGAAGCUCUGUCUGUUUAACCAGAGGAACACUAUCUCAGGCUUCUAGAAUCUCUGUCUGUUUAACCAGAGGAACACUAUCUCAGGCUUCUAGAAGCUCUGUCUGUUUAACCAGAGGAACACUAUCUCAGGCUUCUAGAAGAGGACUAUAGUAUCUUGGGAGUCAGACUGUUUCUGAGAGACUCUGUCUACCUGGAGCCUGUGUCCUCUAUAACCCGUAGAGACUGUCCACCUGGAGCCUGUGUCCUCUAUAACCCGUAGAGACUGUCCACCUGGAGCCUGUGUCCUCUAUAACCCGUAGAGACUGUCUACCUGGAGCCUGUGUUCUCUAUAACCCGUAGAGAGACUGUCUACCUGGAGCCUGUGUCCCCCCCAGUCGGUAUAGAGAAGGACUGAACUAGUCUUCCUGUUGAAACCUACAUUACAGUCCUUUGUUUUAGUCCGGGUUGGUGGGCAUCUUGAACCCUAACCCUCAUGGAGAAGUUCCAGGCUGGUAUGGUCCUAGCGGGGGUGGGGGACGCCCUGGGCUACCGUAAGGGCCGCUGGGAGAGCUGCCCCUCUGGGCCACAGAUCCAGGAAGAGCUGGCCUCUCUGGGGGGCCUUGGGGCUCUGAAACUGGACCCUGACAACUGGCCCCUCAGCGAUGGAGCCCUGAUGCACAUGACCACCGCGGAGGCCCUCAUCACAGACUACUGGUGUUUGGAGGACCUCUACAGGGAGCUGGUCAGGGUGUAUGUUGAGGCCAUGGUGUCUCUCCAGGGUCGCCCUCCUGACCCAGUCACCGUGGAGGGAUGUGCUCACCUCAAACCCAACAACUUCCUGCUGGCCUGGCACACGCCCUUCAAUGAGAAAGGUUCUGGGUUUGGAGCAGCCACCAAGGCCAUGUGUGUGGGGAUGAAGUACUGGCAGCCUGAGAGGAUAGACAACCUAGUGGAGGUCAGCAUUGAGACGGGGCGCAUGACCCACAACCACCCUACAGGUUUCCUGGGCUCUCUGACCACGGCUCUGUUUGCGUCGUACGCGGUGCAGGGCAAACCGCUGGUGACCUGGGGUCGCGACCUCAUGAAGGUCCUCCCCAAGGCCGAGGAGUACUGUAAGAAGACCAUACGCCACAUGGCAGAGUACCAGGAGAAGUGGUUCUACUUCGAGGCUAAGUGGCAGUUCUACCUGGAGGAGAGAGGCAUGGAGGAGGAGGGGCAGAACAAGCCACUGUUUCCUGACACCUACAACGCUGAGGAGACAGACAAGGUGUAUAAGCGCUGGAGCUCAGAGGGCCGGGCUGGACGGAGGGGUCAUGAUGCUCCCAUGAUAGCCUACGAUGCUCUCCUGGCCUCAGGCUCCGACUGGACCCAGCUCUGCCGCCGCGCCAUGUUCCACGGAGGGGAGAGCAGUGCCACAGGGCUGAUAGCAGGCUGUCUGUACGGUCUCCUGUUCGGCCUGUCCCAGGUCCCUGAAGGGCUGCACCAGGAUGUGGACCGACGCACGCGGCUGGAGGAGCUCGGAGCCGAGCUGUACAAGGCAGCCUCCGCAGAGAGGAGCACAGAAAAAGCAGAGAGAGCAGUGAAUGCAGGGCCAUCAGGCCUCAUUGUGGACACCAGCUCCCUGAAGAAGCUGGUUUGGGACCGGACGACGCGCCCGGAGGUCAGAGGGGUUCUGGAGAGCCUGCUCCACUACUUAACCCAGGACCUGCCCAGCCGGAGCCCCACCGCAAAGCCCCCUGAGAGGUUAGGGCCGGAGGUCAGUGUGGGGUUGGAGGUGCCCCAGUUCAGCAGGUGUGGAGGUCGACCAGCAGGGGGCGACGUCUCAAGGCGCCUCACCUCUUUCCAGCUUCUCCAGGCCAAGUUCCUGAGGAACACCCCCAACCCUCCGCUCACUCACCGCCGGGAGGUGGGGGCCCUGGCACUGUCCUCCAGAGAGGGUAGAGGGGGAGGCUGUGGGAUCAGAGAGACCCAUAGUGGACAGGUUGAGGGCUGCAUUCCCAAAACAGGACGUGGAGUGAGAAAGGGGAACACUGUUAAGGAUGUGCUGGCCAGGUUUUCUGCAGCAACGCAGAAGGAGAGGGGAGGGGCCACACAGGGGGGAGGAGCGUCGAAAAGACCCCGACCGAUCGGCAAGGGGCAGCUACUGUCUGCCAUAAUGGACAAGUUUGAAACCAUGGCGACGGUGCAACGGGGAAGUGACGUGAGUUGCCUGAAGAAAAGCUCUUCUCCUGGUACCAGCUCACCUGGUAAAGUCAAAGGGACCGGUGGUCGUGUCAAAGAAUUAGUGAGUCGUCAGGAAGAAGAGGGACAACAGUGCUUAGGUCAACCAGGUCAACCUGUCAAAGGUCAGAGUUCAGUGAAGCAACAGGUUAAGAGUAAAGGCUGGGGACAGCAGAGGAAAGAGAACCCCUCUGGAGUGCAGGGAGGAGAUAGAGGGUCAGAGAAGACAGUAGCUGCUCUGAAGGAUUCACCUCAACACAGAAAAGGGAGGAACUGGAAUCAGAAGGUGAAAGGUCACUCUGUAGUCAAUAAGCAGAUAAGGGGUCCAGGUUCAGAUCAAGAAGCUGAAGGUCAGAUUCAGGAUUCAAUUAAGGAGGUAGAAGUUUGGGGCGCUAACCAACAGGUAGAGACUCUGGGUAUGAACCAACAGGUAGAGACUCUGGGUAUGAACCAACAGGUAGAGACUCUGGGUAUGAACCAACAGGUAGAGACUCUGGGUAUGAACCAACAGGUAGAGACUCUGGGUAUGAACCAACAGGUAGAGACUCUGGGUAUGAACCAACAGGUAGAGACUCUGGGUAUGAACCAACAGGUAGAGACUCUGGGUAUGAACCAACAGGUAGAGACUCUGGGUACGAACCAACAGGUAGAGACUCUGGGUAUGAACCCACAGGUAGAGAUUCAGGGUAUGAACCAACAGGUAGAGACUCUUGGUACGAACCAACAGGUAGAGAUUCAGGAUACAAACCAAGAACAGAUUGUUAGCUCAGGUCAAAGACUAGAAGGCCAUGGUUCAGAGGUUGACAAGGAGCUAAAGGUUCAGAGUGAAAACAUUGAAGUUAAGGCUUCAGUGGGUCAGAAAGUGGUGGUACAGGCUUCACAUCAGGAGAAUCAGGAUCAAGACAGUGAAGUUGAAGUUUCAGGUCAGGAGGUCAAGGCACAGGUUACAGGUCAGGAGCUCAAGGCACAGGUUACAGGUCAGGAGGUCAAGGCACAGGUUACAGGUCAGGAGGUCAAGGCACAGGUUUCAGAUCAGGAAUUAAAGGUACAGGAGCUCAGCUAUGUGCAGGUAGAGCUGCUCUGCUCUGCUGCAGUGGUCCAGUGGUCUCCCCCAGCACCCCAGGUAGAGAUGCCUGAGAUAGAGGCCUUGCAGUCUGGGUACCUGGCAACGCUGCUCCCUUGUCCUCCUGUGUGGGCCCUAGCUUCCUCUGUGGAUCCACCAGCACAGAAAUACUCAGGGUUAGGGUCCAAAACCAGGACCCUGGAAGGCUCACAUCUCUCCUACCCCUGGAGAAAACAGUACAUGGAUCCACCCCAACCCCGGUCCACCCAGAGAGGCCAGCCCAGAUACCCCAUCCCUAGGGGGGCCCACGGCUCAGAAUCAGAACCAUCGGAACUGGGCCAGGCCCAUAACACCAGCCUCUCACCCCCACCUUCUGAAUCUACGACCCCUGAUGUCAUGACCUCUGUCCCCACAACCCCUGAUCUUGACCUUUGCUUCCUGCCAUCAGCGCCCACAACGUCCAACCAGGAGCCCCGCCCACAUGAAGCCAAACAGGAAGUAAAUGUCCCCAUGGCACUGCAAAGUGGGGAUGGGGAGGUGACAUGUCAGGAGGGGGAGGGGCAGGGUAGCGCUGAGAUGUCACACAAAGAUGAUGUCAUCACUAUGAGUGGUUCAACUGUUGCAGAGCCAGAAAGACUACAGACAGAAAAGCAGGAGAGACCAAAGUACAGGACGUUAAACUACGGCGACCCUUCAGCGAAACUGAUUUAUAAACCCAAAAUCAUCCGAUUCACAGAUACCUUUAAUUUCUAAGUCACUCGUUCACUCACUCUGACUUCAGUGAUGCGUCCGUCUGUGGAAGAUAAAAGCUUUCUGAACUUUCUCUCUCCUCACAGUGAAACACAACACACCUUCAAGGUCAUGCUAGCUAUCCCAUGUGUUGCUGUCCUCUGAAAGCUGUGGUGUUGCAGGAAGCAGCCUACGCUCUACAUGUGGUGAUUACUCAGAAGCUGUGUAAUGCUCUAAGUAGAGUAGUGUGUGUGUGCGUGCGUGUGUGUGUGUCGUCCGUACUGUAACAGUGGAAAGACAAACAGAACAGCGGUGUUAAACAUUGACUAAGCCUAAUCUUUAGAAUGGGAUUUUCUUGGAAAACAAUGUGAAGCAAUAAUAUCAGGACUUAAACUGUAGCUAUGACAACCGAGUCAAAUG